AUGGAGCGAGGUGCCAGCCACGUUGAGGACUUCCCUCUCAACGUGUUCUCGGUCACCCCCUACACCCCCAGCACUGCUGACAUGCAGGUGUCCGAUGAUGACAAGGCAGGGGCCACCCUGCUCUUCUCCGGCAUCUUCCUGGGACUCGUGGGGAUCACCUUCACCAUCAUGGGCUGGAUCAAAUACCAAGGCGUCUCCCACUUUGAAUGGACCCAGCUCCUGGGGCCCAUCCUGCUGUCAGUUGGGGUCACCUUUAUCCUGAUUGCUGUGUGCAAAUUCAAAAUGCUCUCCUGUCAGUUGUGCAAGGAAACUGAGGAAAGGGGCCUGGACUUGGAACAGACACCAAGUGGACAAUCGUUUGUUUUCACCGGCAUCAACCAACCCAUCACCUUCCAUGGGGCUACCGUGGUCCAGUAUAUCCCACCUCCAUACGGUUCUCAGGAGCCCAUCGGGAUGAAUGCCGCCUAUCUGCACCCAGUGGUCAACCCAUGUGGUCUUAUUCCUCCUGGAGGGCCAGGGGCUGGCACGCCAAAUCCUCCACAGUACUACACCAUCUACCCUCAGGACAACACCGCAUUUGUUGAUGAGAAUUACGCUUCUUACGUGGAUGGUGGGAAUGACAGGACAAGCCCUUAUGCAGAGCAGCUAGAAGAGACACAGCUGGAAGACGAGACCUGUGCCUGCUUCUCUCCUCCCCCCUAUGAGGAAAUAUACUCAGUCCCUCGCUAG